AUGAAAGGAGUGAUGAGGUUUGGCACAAAGGGAAAGUUGAGCCCAAAAUUUAUGGGACCUUAUGAAGUCACAGAGAGAGUGGAAAAAGUUGCUUAUAGGCUUGCUUUGCCCAAUGAGUUGAGUAAGGUUUAUAAUGUGUUUCACAUUUCACAGUUGAAGCGAUAUGUUUUCGAUACAUCCCAUAUGCUAGAUCCUAAGCCCUUAGACCUUGAUGAGAACUUGUCUUACGAGGAAAAAUACAUUGAGAUCUUGGAUGCUAAGGUGCAAAAUACAAGGAAAAAAGAUAUUAAUUUGGUGAAAGUUCUAUGGUCUAACCAACGCACUCAAAACGCAACUUGGAAAUUAGAGGAUUCCGUGCGUGAGAAAUAUCCACUCUUUUUUACUAAGAUUGACAGGCAUGAUGUGUCAUAUGGAGCCAACUUGAGAGGAUUGGCUAGAAAAUUUUCUUGUUUAGAGUCUUUUAUGUUGUAG